UGAUCUUGUCAUUGGUUGUCAGAUCUUUUUCUGUUCUUUCAACCUAUCCAGGGAAUGUCUAACAGAACACAGAGAGUUUAUUGAAAAUUCAAGUCUUACCAUCCUAGAGUUAGGACAAAUUAAUACAACAUGGAUGUAAAUAAUUUUAACUGACAUCUUCUUCCUCAGGACAACUGUGGAUCUGAGGAGGGCUAGAUUCCUUAAAUUUUUAAGAUUCUUGCUAAAUACAAUUCCUGUGAUUUCCCUGGGGUAAGAGAGAAGACCUGAUGGUUAUAUUGCUGUGAAACAAAUCUGUAUUGUGGAGUUUGCUUAACAGAGGACUUACAAUACUAUCUACAUUCACUGUAAAACUGUCCUUUGAAAUAUAUAAAAUCAGCACAAUCCAUAUAAAUGUGCAGUGUAUAUCAGGGGCAAAGCAUAUGCCCAGAGUAAUAUGUAUAUCAUUAUUUUAGAUUAUAAUUCUGAGGGCAUAGAUAAGGUCUGUGUCUUAUCAUGUUUUAUGUAUAUAAUGAAGAAAAACAACAAGGAAUGACGUCAGCAAGGUUAAGGGAGACUUGUUUUUGAGGUGAGUGAUAGGCUGAAUGCACAGAAUAUAGCCAAAACAUAAUGUGGUGGUUUGGUUUUGGUUUACUGUGUGGUGCAACCUAUCCCUUUUGGUUUCGAAACCAGAGUUUAUGACUUGGUGUGAUACAUAAGCCCUGUUUAUUAUAGGUUAUUCAGUAAACCACAACUAAAUGAAUAUGACUUAAUGCAGUGUGUGAGUCAAAUCAUAGUAAAUAAACAGUCAACUUUCUAUAACUCUUUCUAAAAGCAGUGGUUAAUAGUUGUGACAUCUUUCUUUAGUUGUGAAUUAUUUUGCCCAAACAGAUAUGUUACUGAAACAAUACCUGGAAUGUAUACCACUUUAUUCUGGAGAGUUUGGGACUGGCAUGACUGCUCUUCUACUGAAAAAUAUAUGCUUUGCCCAGAUGUAAGGCUGAAGCGACUAGAUGUUAGUCUAGCCUCUCUGAUCUGAUGGCUCUGUAAGUACAGGAAGUUAAAAAACAAAACAAAACACGAAGCACUCAGCUGUGCACACACAAAGUCAGUUCUGUGGAAGGCAUUAUCUUACUAUGGUGAAUAUAACCUCUAGAUAGAUAAUUUCUCAUAAUUCUUCUCAGAUCUUUCUUCUGUGAGGUCUGUUGCUAUCUGGGGGCAGGGUGAGUACUGUAUAUCAUAUGGUAACAACAUGAGUUCACAGCUCUGAUUCAUUCAUGCUCAACCCUGCUAUGAAUGUAAGUUUAGAUUUCUGCCCUCCAACUGUUUCUCCUUUUGCCAAAUCCCCUGAAUGCAGAGGAGACUACCUUGUUUCACCUUGCUACUUCCGACAUUCUCAUUGUUAGCUUUCAUACGCCAUAUAAAUCCUUUCUUUUCUAAGACAAAAUUCAUAAGGAUAAAACAUCACACAGCAGAUUCUUUCAGUAUGCAAGAUUGUAAAGGCAUUCAGAAUAACUUACUUCUGAUCUAUCACUUCAGCUAGCCUUUUAUAUUCAUACAUCAUAGUGGCUAAAUAAUAUUUUUAAUUUUUAUAGGUUAAUGCUCCAAGUAAUAGUUAUUUCAGGUUAAUUAAGCUGGGGAUGAGAAAAAAGAGAAUAAUUUAUGUUGGCUCAGAGGCCUAGAAACAGACCCCAUUCGUUACAGUGGAUAUUCUCUCCUGCAUUCCUAGAAAAGGUGAAUUAAAUUGGGCUCAUAACUCAAUUUGUACAACAAUCACUAUGCCAAAUUUAUGCCCCAGUGCAGCUACUUUUCUUCCAGAAAUAAAAAGGGUACUUUGCAAGCAAGGCAUGGUAUCAUAAAAGUGGCAAGUCUAAACUUGUUAUCAGUUCCAACUUAACUGUGUUCACAUGUUAGGCUAAACCUUAAUGUAGUUUGCUUGGUAUUGGCAUAGUGUGUAGAACUAGCCUUUGCAGUUUAUAAACCACUUUAUUUUAAGACAGGGAAGCAAAAAAUAUAGCCUGGUAGUGGGACGCAGCCCAUCAUAAUCCCUUUUGCACUGCCCAGAGUGAGAGGGUCCACAUGUCUUUACAUGGAUUUAAGACCCAUUUUGCCUAUUUAAUCACUGAAAUUUUGCAAAAAGUCUUGGCCCCAUCCAUUUUUGGAGUACAGCACCCCGGAAGUUCUGCAAGGCCUACUGAAGCCCUUGACCCAACAGAAGUUUCAGGCUCCUGAUUUAUGGUUUAGCGUUAUUUGUGAACCCAGCUAGUAUAGCUUGAUCAUCAAUGCCUGAUUAAGACAAACCAUGGCUUAGCAUGAUAUAUGAAACCAGAAUUCAGACUGCCUUUGAAAUCCAGCUUUAUAUCCAAAGUCAUAUCAUGACUGAACCCUUUAUAAGAGCUAUAAUAGUUGUAGCUUCCCCAAAGGAUCCUAAUAAUUGGUGAUCAUGCUUAGAGAUUCUUACCUGUUUCCCUCUCUACAAAAAUAAAAAACAAAAAGUGACACAAAUGCCCUAAGAUCCAUGCAUCAGAUUAGUUUUCCCAUGAUCUUAGCGGAACUUCCCACUCAUUUGUAAAAUUCACUAGGCAAUCCUGAGCUAGGAAGUAUUUCUGAACCGACAUAGCCUAUGUGAAUUAAAAGGUGGGAAGAGACCUAUAUGUGCCGUCUCCAGCUUCUUGGAAUAAGGACAACAAAAUUAUACUUAAAGAUAUGUGUCUGGCACACCCAUUUUCCUCUCUAACAUAAAUCAACCUUAAUUCUCUUGGAUAGCUCCUGCCCUGCUCCAGUUGGGAUUUUAGGCCAGAGGUGGGUGGUGCAGUUUGCUGGAGCAGGGCUAGCUAAGACUUUCACCCACAGAGCAUGGGUCACAAAAAGAGCAGAGGUCGGAAGAAUUCCAGAGAUGGUUUGCCAACAUUUGUAGGUUGAGAUCCACAUGGAUAUCAUUGUAAAGAUGACAGCUUUGCCUGAGGCGCAGCGGGGGAGAGAUGUGCACCUUUCAAUCCGAGCUCACCUGCUUAUGGUAUUGGGGCAUAUCAUCUGUAUGUAUCUUUGCCCAGAAUUUCCUGGCAUUUGUUUUUUUAUAUUAUCAAACUUUGGGUGGGGAAAGCAGGCUACCAAGAGACCCACAUAUGCUUUUCUACAUCUUAAUACUAGGUCUAUAAACUACGCAGAGGAAAUAAAGCUGUUAAAGCAUUGAGUUUUUGUCAAGGGGGAAACCAGCACUGGGUCAGCUUCUCCUCUCCCUUGAACAACCCUCCACCUCCUACUUUAUUUGCUGCCUCCUUAGAUUUAUCUCUGGUUCUAGCUGCCCUCUCUUUUCUUCCAUAAAGCCAUCCUUGCCAGCUCACUGUUUCCUUUUCUUCGGGUGCUUUGUUUCCUUCUUGCUCAUAGCUUUGUAUAAAUGUUCUUCACAGCCAAAACAAUCUUUUCAUAAAAGCUACUGUUUAUUAUUUCAUUCUGCUGGUAAUGGUUUUGCUUGUGGACAUUCCCUGGUAUUCUUGUAGGUAAGCUAACAUCAGGGGGAGGAGGAAGGGAUUGUAAACUACACACACAUAUAAUAUUCCAGAAUAUCUCUGGAACAGGAACAAAUAAUAUCCAGAAGGGGUUCCUUCAGCAGAAGGUCCUCAUAUAACAGGUGUUGCCCACACAAUUUAUUUAUAUCCCCUUUUCUGAGUUCCCAAGCUGUGUGCUCCUGUUUUUAUUGGCAUUAAAACAGGAAACUUAGGUUUUCUAUUACUCUAGAAUUCUGGGUGGGUGUUCUGUUGAACUCUGCAAAGUAAUGGGAUAUUAUACACGCAAGUGCUUGCACUGUGAGAUUCUUUGAAGCACUGGGAGAUAUUUGGUAACAUUGAAGCUCUUAACACAGAGUUAGCUCUGUUGGUAUUCCAGUUUUACUCCAACAAGCUUCCUUAACUCUUAUGCAAAUAGUGACUUGCCCAAAGUAGUCUCUUGAGUUUCAUGAUCCUACGCUGAAAUAAUGUUGAUUUUUCCACUUCCAAGGACAAAUUUCAACAAUGGCAUCUACCUAGAUCUCUGCUCCAACCCAACGAAAGUGUUUAUCUGCAUCACACAAAUUUCUCUUUGGAAGAUUCAGCGGGGUCAGUUUUGAUGGAUCUGAUUAAAAGUUGUCAGAAAUAAUCACUGCAACUAAGUCAGCUGGACUUGAGAUACCACCUUUCCCUACAUCCCUUUAAUAUUUGCAUGAGAUGAAGAACAAUGAAAGUGAUGCAUUUUGUUUCUCUUGAACUGCUGCUUACAUCUGCUCCCUGCUUCUGCCUGGUUUGAACUUGCCUGCAGCAAAUAUAAAACGUAUGGAAGGUGGAAAGCAAGGGGUGGAAAAGAAUAGUUAGCUGCACUCUGUCUUUUGCAAUGGACAAACAUUUCCCAAUUGCAAUUUGAAAAUGUUUUAUUUGGAUGUCUUUCUUCCAGUUUUCUCACUGCUGAACUCCUCCUGCUUUGACAACCUAGGAAAUACUGGUCCAAGAUCCACUGUAGAUAAAAUUCUUGCUAGGUUUCUAUAAAUCACUUACUUUAUGACAGUGGACUAAAGAUUGCCAUGCUGUGUCACAUCAAUGUUUAAAAUAAGUUUUCAUCUCUAGUCUGGGAACAUCAGGGCAUAAUUUUAUUUAUUUAUUGCAAGGACAGCCCCUGACUACAAGUUUACAAUUUAAAAAGAAGGAAAAAGGGAUGGGAGGAAAGUGGAAAAAAACAGGGUCAGGCAUCCAUUAUUUGAAAUAGUACUGUAGUACUGAAAUCAUCAGCUUCAUAUAGUUCAGGAAAGAGACUGAUGGAAUUGAUUUUUCAGCUCAGUUGAUAGAUCUCCAUUUAUUAUUUGUCUGUUGCUGCUGGAUGAUAGUUGAGAAAAGAGCCCAAUGGAGCUGGUCCCCAAGAGAUAUGUACUAGCCAUGCUUCUGUUCUUAAAGUUAUGCUGGAACUCAGCUGGAAACUACCCUUGGACUCUGCUAGAAGACUUAUCCCUGAUAGGUGAAGACUCCCUCAACUGUGUAGUAGUGAAGAAAGUACACUGUGAACAAUUUCAUGGACACUUAGUUCCAUUCCACAUACACCAGAGGGUUUAAGAUAUAGCUAUAGAACAAAUUAAGUUCUGGGGAAGCAUGUGUGGAUAAAAAUUUCAUACUUAACAAAUAGUGGUCUGGUUUGCUCACCAUUCUAAGCUAUGCCUUGAUAACCAUAGUUUACAGAAUAUAUCACUGUUGGUUGGGUUUGAACAACAUUGAGAGCCAAAUGUGAACAAACCAUAUUAUGGUAUGAGCAUAGUCUUUAUGAAUUUCAAAGUGGCCUCAACCUUUGUUGAUAAAACUCUUACCUUUCUUCUACUACCAUCACCACCACCACCCUUUGCUGCAGCUGAUGCACCUACCUAUCAAGGGUGACAUGUCAACUUGGCUCUCACUGGCUGCUCCAUCACCAGUCAAGGACUAAAGCAUGUGAUCAGGAGCACCAUGGAGGGUGCAGAUUACCAAUUGCCUUCUGCCAACACAGCUAGUGUUGCCCUCCCUUCUCCUUCCUCCUCUUCCUCCUCUUCCAGUGAUGAAGCUGAUGUUAUGGCUUUCAAUGGGGAGCUGGACUUGCAACGUUACUCUAAUGGGCCAGGGGGGCCGGGAGGGGAGGCUCGGCCUUACCCCUGUCCUAUCUGUGGCAAGCGUUUCCGCUUCAACAGCAUCCUGGCAUUGCACACCCGCAUCCACACCAGCUCCUAUCCACUCACUUGUCCCUACUGCGGCCACAGGGCAGGGCAGCGUGCCAGCCUACGUCUCCACCUGCGCUCCCAUUGUCCCGAGGCCCAUGCCCGGAUCAGUCACCAGAGCCGCCUGCUGCUUGAGUUGGAGGAGCGGGCACUUCUGCGGGGUCAUGAAGAGGAAAAGGAGGAGGAGGAAGAAGAAGAGCUGGCUACUCCUAUUCCACCCCAACCCCUACCCACCUUCCGCUGCUCUUUCUGCAAGGGCAAGUUCCGCACUGCAGGAGAGCGUGAACGCCACCUUCGCAUCCUCCAUCAGCCAUAUAAGUGUGGGCAAUGUUCCUUCGCUGCCACGCAGGAGUCAGAACUGCAGUGGCACAACCAGCAGGCUCAUAACUCCCCAGCGGCUUGGACACCCACCCCUCCUGCCCCUGUGCCCACCACUACAGCCCCACCCACCCCUCCUGCCUCCACGCCCACCCCUUCCUCCUCUGCCUCCACCCCUACAGAGUUCCGCUGCCAGGUCUGUGGUCAAGCCUUCACCCAGUCCUGGUUCCUCAAGGGUCACAUGCGGAAGCACAAAGACUCCUUUGACCACAAGUGCCAGGUGUGUGGGCGCGGCUUCAAGGAACCAUGGUUCCUGAAAAACCACAUGAAGGUUCAUCUCAGCAAGCUGGGUCUCCAGAGUGAACAAAGAGGGUCAGGGCCAGGACGGUCAGCACAGAGCUUACUCGUGGGUUGUGAGGCCCUGUAUCCAUCUCUCCUCUCUCCUCGGCCAACAGACAAAGCCAGUACAGGCAGUUUCCUGGGUUACAGUGAUGCGAGCUGUGCUGAACGACUGCAGGCCACAGCUCGAGCAGUGGAGAGUAGUCAGCAGUGGAGGGAACGUUCUUAUGUGGUAGGGUCCAAGCUUGUGAGAGAGGACUCAGGAGGGAACCAUCGCUGCCCAGACUGCAACCGGACCUUCGGUACAUUCCAGCAGAUGGCCUUGCACCGGCAAAGCCACCUGUCCCGAGAGAGAGAAUGGAACAAGGGGCAGUCACUGGGUUCUCACCUUCUCACUGGACAUUGGCUUCCAACAAAUGUGAGAGCUUCUACUGCAGCUAACACCAGCCCAGCUCUGCUGACCCAGAAGGAAAAAGAUAUGCAGGGCCAGUCACGCUUGGAUGGAUCCCGACGAGGCACUGGGAAAGACUGUCCAUUCUGUGGAAAAUCCUUCAGAUCUUCCCACCAUCUCAAAGUUCACCUCCGUGUCCACACAGGUGAGCGCCCAUACAAGUGCCCUCACUGUGACUAUGCUGGCACUCAGUCUGGCUCGCUCAAAUAUCACCUGCAGCGCCACCAUCGGGAGCAAAAGAGCGCUGCUGCAGCUGCCGCAGCUGUAGCAACAAUGGAACAGUGCCACGUGGCCCUCACCCCUACUGCAGUCCCUGCCUUUCCCCCUACGCAGCUCACCAAGAGCCAUGGGCCCUUCCUUCCUCUAGGUGGCUUGGGGGCAGCUCGCUCCCGCCCAUCCCGCCGCAAACCGCUGCUGAACGGGAAGGCUGAUUUCCAGCCAUUGGAUCUUUCCCUGCGCCCAGCCCUGGCAGGAGGAGCCCUCCACCGCUGCCAGUUUUGCCCCUUUGCCACCUCAGCUCCUGAGCUUAUGGAGUUACACCUUCAAGUCCAUCACAGCAGGAAAGCUCGUACCCGUCGCUGCUCUCACACAGUUCCUAAAUCCCGGGUGAUGUUGGAGGAGGAAAUAGUUGAGCCCCAGGGAUCCCUGCUGAAAGGACCGGAAUCCCCAAGCCCAAAGGGGGAGAUCCCCAAGCCACACAAUUUCUGGUCCUCAGAAGAUCAGGAAGACUCUCUCCGUCUCAAGUUGCCUCAGGGGAAGCCGAGUUCUGAGGGAGCAAUAAUUGCCAGUCUUUCUUCUGAAGCUGCACUGAAUCAGCAAGGAUGGGAGAACCUCUCCCAAGACUCUGAGGAGCCAAAGCCUGAGAAGGAAUUGUCUGGCCCAGUGGUCCAAAAAGGGCCACAUCAGGAGGCCUCAAAGUCAGGCCAAGGCCUCAUGAAAUUGCAGUUGGAGCCAGUACAGGCCUGAGUCUACUCUGCAUAUAUAAACCAGUUCCGAAUCUGUUUAGCUGCAUUGACGACACUCAACCAAGGGACCUGGGAAUUGUAGCUUUGUUCUUUCUAUUGGCUGAUAAUAAUAAUACUGUAAUAAUGCAUUGCUACAAAACUACAUUUCCCAGAGUUCAUAGGCAGGGGCUUUGCAGAGCCCAUAGCAUAGUGAUAGAACACAUGCUUUGCAUGCAUUAAAGUCCCAGGUUCAAUUUUUCCUCUCUAUAAAACAAAAAAGUAUCAGGACCGGGAAAAGUCCCUGCCUGUGAUCUUGGCUGGACGCUGCCACUCAGAGCAGAUAGUAAGGGGCUAGUUGGACCAAUGGUCUGCCUCAAGAAAAAGCAGCUCCAUAAGGCAGUGAAAGCAGUUUCAGGCCUGUUUACAUGUGUAGCGUAGACUUGCAGAGACCAGGGAAGGCAGCUUGUGAGAGGUCACCUCACGUAUGACAGGGUCAGGCAGCCAUCUGCAAGAGGUUUUGGAGUAAGAAGUAGAAGAGUUACCGACUAUUUUGAAAUAGUUCUCUCUAUUUUUAACAGCAGCAAGACAGACAUUGGCAAGAUACAGGAAUUCCUGCCAAGCAGCUAGUCACAGCACAAGAGCCCCAGGAGGAAAAGAGACAAAACUA